UCUAGACUACGUGUGGUUGGUCAUGACAAGACAACCAAGCGAUAGUGUUUGUGUGUGUUGAGUGGUCAGGCGAGAAAAUACACACUGCCGUGGUUAGUCAAGCAUAAUCUUGUAGUAAGCUAGUAAUAGAUCUAAGAAGAUCUAACUCACAAAUUUAAUGAUGGCACUACAAAGUCUGAGUCGCAAAGGAUUAUCAUGUUAUAAUGCUGUUUCUCGCUUCUCAUCAUUCACUGUGGCUUCAGUUUGCAGAUCCAGUUCUGCAAUGAUCUCCCAACAUAACCAAGAAAAUGAUGUGUUUAAUUCACAACCUAACUCAAGUGCUGUUUAUUUCUUGAAGACAAAAAAUCUGGAUUUAGAUAGUCAUCAAGUCAAUGCUAGGACAACAGUUUCAAAGGAAGCUGCAUCUUCCAGUCAGGUGGAACAGCAGUACAAAUGCCCUUCAAGACUUCUGGAACAUUUUUCCCAGCUAGUUAUUCUUGACACUGCAACAUCUCUUACCACCUUUUAUGACUGUCCAGUGUCAUCAGGCUUCAGAGACUCCCUUGAAGCCCCGACAUCUAGGCAAGAUAAAGUUGUGGAUAGCCCUGGGAUAAGUCAGCCAGCCAAAGAGGCCAAAAUAAUCAUGAGAAUUCGUCACAAGAAGAUGAAGAAGCACAAGUUGAAAAAGUUAAGGAAGAGGAUGUAUUUCUUGUGGAGCAGGCAGAAAAAAGCCAGAAAAGCUAAAAGGUUGGCGAAGUAUUAUAAAGAAUUGGAGGAAAUCAAGAAAACUGGAGAGGACUUUAAUGCUGAAAGCUUUGUCAAAGAACAAUUAUUGAAGGCUCGGAAAGGUGGUUUCUUUAUAAAUGUUUUUGACUCAAAAAAUAUUUAAAUUUUAAUCCCUGCACAAUAAUCUAUCAGAAUGUCAUGUUUUUUUUAAAUUCAUUAUCAAUUGUGUCUAGUUUGAAUGUUAUUUCUUAAAUGUUUUCAAUAAAAGUAGGAUAGAAAAACA